UUGUCACACAUAUUCAAAACCAGAGGAAAAAGACAUCAGAGGAUAAAAUAUCUUCACUGCCAGUAAAAAUAACCUCUCAAUGUAGGAAAAUCCAAGUAUUCUGUUGUCUACAUCUGACUAAGGAAGAAAAUACAGCCACUAUGGAACCUGAGUACAGCCCUUCUGGAAACAGCAGCAACUGCAGCACUGACAACAGGAUGAACCAAGUUCUUUUUCCCUUGUUGUACACUUUUAUUUUUGUUGUCGGGAUAAUUAUGAAUGGAUUAGCCAUGGGAGUCUUUUUCCAGAUCUCCAACAAAUCUAAUUUUAUCAUUUUUCUCAAGAACACAGUAAUUUCUGACAUCCUCAUGAUCCUAACUUUUCCAUUUAAAAUACUCAGUGAUGCAAAAUUGGUGUCCUGGGAAUUGAGAGGGUUUGUUUGCAAAGUGACUCAGGUUAUAUUUUAUUUCACUAUGUACAUCAGCAUUAUUUUCUUGGGCCUCAUAACUAUUGAUCGCUAUUUGAAAACUGCCAGACCCUUCAAAUCAGCCAGCUCUGAUAAUACACUGGCAUCCAAGAUCCUAUCUGUACUCAUCUGGAUAUUCAUGUUCUGUCUGUCCCUUCCUAACAUGAUUUUGACAAACAAGAAGCCAACACGUGAGAACGUGAAGAAAUGCGCUGACCUGAAAUCUGAUUUUGGAUUAUUAUGGCAUGAAGUUGUUAAUUAUGUUUGCCAGUUUAUCUUCUGGGCCAACUUUGCUAUCAUAGUUAUAUGCUAUACACUCAUAACAAAAGAACUGUACAAAUCCUACAAAAGAACAAGGAACACAGGAAACACAAACAAGAAGACAGUGAAUAUGAAAGUAUUCAUAAUUAUUGGUGUAUUCUUUGUUUGCUUUGUGCCUUUCCAUUUUGCCAGGAUUCCAUACACCUUGAGCCAAACAAGAGAUGUUUUUGAGUGUUCAACCCAGAACACAUUAUUUUAUAUAAAAGAGAGCACUUUAUGGUUAACAUCCCUAAAUGCUUGUUUAGAUCCAUUCAUAUAUUUUGCCCUUUGCAGAUCCUUCAGGAGGUCCCUAUUAAAUGUAUUUCAUAAGUGUGUAACCAAAACGAGAAGAGAUCACAACACAGAAACAACAGAUGAGGAGACACCAAUGUAGUACAUCACGUAAUACGACCAAGGCCAUUUUGCAUCCUCUUCAGUGCAUGCAUUCCUUCUAAUGAGAAGUUAUUCUUGGUUUGAUGGGGAUUAAUAAUCCUAUAUAUUCCAUGAUACUAACUACAUAAUGAAAUCAUUCACAGAAAGUGGUCACUGCCGCAUUAUUUUUUGCUGGAUUGCAACAUUGAACCAUACUGACAACUUUCAGAGAGAUAACUGAAUCCUAUUGAGAAAAACUGAACAGGCACCCAAAGCACUUAAAAUGAAAACACACCAAGCAUUUGGAUAUAUUCUUUUCUAGACAGACAAAAAUACAAAAAUAUAAAGAAAGGCAAUAAGAAUUAUAAUUUCUAUAAAAUAAUGGACAUUACUGACACCUAUAUCUAGAAGGAGAGAUUCCAGUUGCAUAUAGUUGAAGCAAGGAAUUUAAUAAUGUUUUACUCUCAUGGACAGAUUUGAAAUCAGUUAUAGAUCUGACUUUCAAUCAAAUGCCCACCCAGAGUCUGGAAGUAAUGAGUUACUAGCAACAAAGUUAUCUGUAACUAGUCAUUUUGGAGACAAUGAGUAUAUUAUGUAUUUAUACUGCAAAAGUAAUAUAAUGAACAAGAUUGAAGUUACGUACUUUAUUGGUGUAACCAUUUCCAGUUUCUUCUAAUCGUUAAUUUAAAAUGGCAUUGUUAGAGGCAUUGUUUUGACAUGAAUUGUUUUCUCAUAAAGGUAACAAAGUAAGAGAAAAGCAAUCAACAGUGGAACAAAUAAUGUCACUAGAUAAUUUUUCAGCACUGUCACAAUUAGUUGAUUUUCAAACACUGUAAAUCGAAAUGAACUACUUUUUAAAAUUAACUUUCCAAGCUCUGGGCCAGCCAUGAAGAAGUGGGAAAUAAGCAAAUCAGCACAAGAAGGCAACAUUUGCUUAUUUAAUUCUGGGCCACUAAAAUGAAUAUACAGGCAUACCUCAGUUAACAAAACUUCUGACAAAGAAGCUCCUUUUUACAAAGCCUUUUUACAGAAGCUCAGUCUAGUCCUUCACUUUUCUUGUCUUCUGUCUAGCUGCAGGUUUUUUGGGGGAAAGGAGGCAUUUGAAGCAUUAGCAUUGGAGAGAUGGUGAAGUAGGGCUGCAGAAAGACAAACUUAGUGUUGGGAUGCAGCAGCAUGUCUGCAAUAAAAAAAAUCCUAUAAAUCUUAAACUGGGGGGAAAUGGGAUUUUACUCUAAGUGAUCCUACUGUAGCUGUGCUUAACUGCCUACAAUAGGCAUGGUAAACAGCAGCUGCCUCCAGAAUCACUUACUAAGCAUGUGUGAAGAGCAAAACAGAAACGAAAGGGGAAAACAGAUUAGUCUGUCUCACCAGUUACCUUGUCAUGUUGAAAAUGCAUAUAUCUAUAGGUUGAGUAUCCCUUAACUAGAAUUCUGAAAUCCUAAAUAUUCCAAAAUCCAAAACUGCCCACAUGGGUGACUGAGAUAGUGACACCUUUGCUUUUUGAUGGUUCAAUGUACACAAACUUUGUUUCAUGCAUAAAAAUUACCUUCAAGCUAUGGAGAAUAUCACAUGGGAGGCACAGCGCCCUUCUCCCAUCUUUCAACUCUGCUAAUUACAUGAUCAGAGGCCAAAGAUUAUCACACCCCCAUA